AUGCGUCAACUUCAACCUACGGCUACACUCAAUACAACCGGCCCAGAGCAAAUUUCUCGUAAUUUAUCCACUUGCCUUCCGGUUUUUGUUCGGGUUGAUUCCGUUCGUGAAUCCCGUCAACCGCCAUACGAUGGUCCGUUUUGUGUUAUUAAAUGUUGGGAUAGGUACCUCGUCAUUGAUCGCAAAAGACACCAUGAUUCGAUUAGCGUUGACCGUCUAAAGGUAGCUUAUGUUGAACCUGCGUCCGUAGCAGAUCCUGCCAUUGUUCCUUUCACACUCACACCUUCAGAACCUUUCCAUUUACCUCAGUCAACACCACCAUCACCGUUGAUGGAACUGCAACCAUAG